UGAAGGUAAAAACCGGAAGGCGUGUCGGUAGUUAUGUGUAGCCCAGCACGCAGGUUCAACAGAUCCUCUCAGUGUUCAUAACAACUCCGCGGAGCCAGAAGGGGAACGUUUGAGGGCACUUGACAGCUUUCAGAGACUGCUAUGACAUCUCGCAGGUGGUUUCACCCCAACGUUACCGGAAUCGAGGCAGAGCAGCUCCUGUUGACCCGGGGAGUCCACGGCAGUUUUCUGGCCCGGCCGAGCAAGAGCAACCCGGGGGAUUUUACCCUCUCUGUCAGGCGUAAGGAUGAGGUGACCCACAUUAAGAUCCAGAACACUGGUGACUACUAUGACCUGUAUGGAGGCGAGAAGUUCGCCACACUGGCCGAGCUGGUGCAGUAUUACACUGAACAACAGGACCUCCUGCGCGAGAGGAAUGGUGAUGUCAUUGAGCUUAAAUAUCCGCUCAACUGCAAGGACCCCACAUCUGAGAGGUGGUACCACGGGCACCUCUCAGGUCGAGACGCAGAGAAACUGCUUACGGAAAAAGGCAAAGCCGGCAGCUUUCUGGUACGGGAGAGCCAGAGUAAACCGGGAGACUUUGUCCUCUCCGUCCUCACUAAUGAGGAGAAACAUGACAAUGUGGACCGCAAGACCAAGGUCACCCAUGUGAUGAUACACUACCAGCAGGACGGCAAGUACGACGUGGGUGGUGGUGAGAGGUUCGACACCCUGGCUGACCUGGUGGAGCACUAUAAAAAGAACCCCAUGGUGGAAAAAAGUGGCAUUGUAGUACACCUCAAACAGCCUUUUAAUGCCACGAGGAUAAAUGCUGCCAACAUUGAAAACCGGGUACGAGAGCUCAACAAAGUAGCAGACAACUCUGAGAAACCCAAACAAGGAUUCUGGGAAGAAUUCGAGGUACUUCAGCAGCAGGAGUGUAAACUGCUGUAUCCCCGGAAAGAAGGCCAAAAGCCAGAAAACAAGAGUAAAAACAGAUACAAGAAUAUCCUCCCCUUCGACACGACACGUGUUGAAAUCAGGGAAAUGGAUCCUGAUGUUCUUGGUUCAGACUACAUCAAUGCCAACUAUAUCAGAAGUAUGCAUGAAGAUGGACGUUUUGUGGAGGAGGGUAAAGUCUUCAUUGCCACCCAAGGGUGUCUACAAAACACGGUCGUUGACUUCUGGAAGAUGGUGUAUCAGGAGAAUUCACACGUAAUUGUCAUGACCACAAAGGAGAUGGAACGAGGACGGAACAAAUGUUUCCGUUACUGGCCAGACCUUCAUGCCACUAAGGAGUUUGGAAAAGUGCUGGUGAGGAAUGUGGACGAGCGGCCAGCACAAGACCAUAUCCUGAGGAAGCUGGAGGUGACACGUCUGGACCGGAAGGAGCCUGUGAGGUACAUCUGGCACUAUCAGUACCUGAGCUGGCCAGACCACGGAGUGCCCAAUGAGCCUGGAGGCGUCCUCUGGUUCCUAGAGGAGGUCAACCGCACCCAGAGCACCAUUCCACACACUGGGCCAAUUGUCGUCCACUGCAGUGCAGGCAUCGGCAGAACUGGCACAAUUAUCGUCAUUGACAUCCUUAUCGACAUUAUUAACCGCCAAGGUCUCGACUGCGACAUCGACGUCCCAAAGACCAUCCAGAGGGUACGGCAGCAGAGAUCGGGCAUGGUGCAAACAGAGGCUCAGUAUAAGUUCAUCUACAUGGCUGUGCAGCAGUACAUAGACACAGUGCAGAAGAGACUGGAGGAGGAGCAGAGGAAUAAGAUGACAGAGAGGGAAUAUUCCAAUAUCAAAUAUCCCCAGAUGACCAACUCGAGGUCCAAGCACAACAUGACCUCCUCACGCUCUUCUUCUGUGCUGACAAACGACGAUUCAUCAAGCGUAUACGAGAACAUAAACUUCAAAAGCCCUCAGACAUCUUUCAGCAGUAAUACCAGGAGGUAAAAUCGGCGCCGUGGACCUCCUCUUCUGUCUGCCUCUCUCUCCUGAAAAUCCCUUGGGAGGGUGGGGGGGGCUCCACACUCGGUACACUCCACAUCGCUGGAUCUUGGCGCGGACCGAAGGUGGCUAGCUGAUGUGUCUGCUGCCACCGUCCUGCUGGACUUCUGUCUGGACUUCUGUGGAGUCCACAGCAUAGUGCCCUUACUCAGGCCCCCCACUUCCACUUGCCCUUUUUCUUCCCUCCUGUGCUAAUGCUUCUCCCUUUCUUAACCAGCACAAGUGCCUUGUCACAGGAUGUGUCUGUAAUCUAGCCAACCCAAACCCACUGUUACUCUGCAAGUCUACAUGAAGGCAAAAACAGUUUUCUCUUAGGGUGACAGAUAUUAAAUGUGGAGCCCGGCCUGGCCUGAAGUGAACGGAGCUGUGUGGGACUAAGGGAAGAGGUCAAAACUAAGCCGUUUGUCCGCACGCUGCCCCGACUCACUCGGUUAUCUCUUUCUCAGUCUUGGCUGCCUGUCGUCUAAAUUGGAUUCUAAGACUGUUUUUGCUGUGUUCUGUCUGUCCAGCUGUGGUGGUUAUUAAUGUGGCCGCUGAAUGAUGGCAAGGGCAGUUGCAUAACCUGCUUCAUGACCCCAGUCACAAGAAGGGCAAGCAAGUCCCCUCCUCCUUUGAAUCUUUAAUGAAGUUGUCUUUUUAAGUUGUGAAAGUGAAUAAAUUUUAUUUAGAUAUGACUGAUUAUCAAAGUUUUGUAUUGUGAAAGAGUUAUAUAUAAUCUUACUAGCUGCAAAUGCAAUCCACUGUUCUUUAACAAUAUUGGAGGUGAUUUGUUUUCGCCGUCGGGACAAAACCAGUCUGCCCCGACUGUCUAUGAACGUGAACAUGACCUCCAGUUAAAGAACAGUCAUUCAUGAAAACUAGGGCUGUUCUGUCCAUCAAGUCAUUUUUUUUUCUUUUACUGAUGUUGGUAUAAUGGUUAUGUUUUGAUGUUUAUUUAAAUAUAUAUUUAUAAAGAUGCGCUGUGGUGUAAGAAAUCAUUCUUAGAUAUCUGAAGUCCAUAUUUGACAGAAAACUGGGUGGAAAGGAUUCCUGAAUGGACGGUCGGAGUCGUGCUCAGCCGACCGCCGUCUCGCAGCUUAGUUUGACUGGUCGUCCUUGUUAAUCAGCGGGUCUGAUGCUGUUCAACAUCUGUCAGGGGGUAGAUUGUCACAAGGAGACAAGGGAAAGGGGGGCGAUUACAGUGAGGCAGAUGGCCAUCUGGCCCACUGUAAUCACGCCGAGAUUGAAGAAUAGAUUUGUCUCCAAAAAGUAAUUUAGAAGAUGGCCGUAAUCCAGGCUUGAUGAUAGCAGAGCGAGUAAGCUGACGUCACUGAUGUGAUAAGGAAGACGGCGGUGCCGCUGCGCAAAGUGCUGUGCAGCAGCUUGUUGGCUAUUUUUAGCCUCAAGAAGCAGCACCAAAAUAUCCUGCGCAAAUAGAAGCGUAGAAAUGUUGGAAGUCUGUCCUAGAUGGUUUAAACCGUAGUCACUCAAUGUCCUGAAAACCCAUUUUUAAAGAAAAACAAACUACUGAAUGUCUGACCGGUGGUAAUAUGUUCAGUCCACUUUUUUUCCUAUUCAAGCAUCAAAAUAAAAGCGUGAAUGAGUGGCACUCGUCAGGAGUGUUCACACCGUUCGUCUUUACAGCUGGACUCCCACAGGUGCAGCUUGUGAUUUAAUGUUGUUUUUGAAAUGAACACAAUUUAUGAUACAGCCAAGCACAAUCAAAUUCUUUCUUUCUUUCUUUCUUUCUUUAAAUGGUUGACUCUUAUGUGAAUAAAAGCUCUGUUUUACAUGAAUGUCAGUGAAGGCCCACAGGACGUCUGUGGGUGAAGAAAAUGCUGCACCACUUGUUCGUCCCUUGAAUUUGAGCACUGAUGGCGUGUGAAUCCUCCUGUUUUUCUGUGUUUUUGUUUUUCUCUUCAUGAACUGUGAUUUUAUGUCCAAUGAAUGAGAAACGACUUGUUGGGUUGUUUUCUUCGUCCUGCGCUGGGAUAAUUUUGUUUGUUCGUUCUUUCUUGUAUUUUUCUUUUGCCUCUAUUGGUCAGAUUGUGUUUAUGAUUUGGUGAAACAUCAGUACUUGAAAGUGUGAAACUGCUGAACCUCAGGCUGUGUGGAUGUUCGUUAGCUUUUUUGUAGUGCACUAAAUUUUUGCCAUCAGUGUUUAUCUUGUUUUGUUUCAGAUUGUAUAGUGUUUGAUUUUUAUUCGUUCUUGCGUUUUUUACCUUGACUUUUUUGUAAAUCUGUAAUUUUACCAAUGAUAAAAUUCAGGCUCUGAGUUGUACCAGCGCACACAGAUUUGCAAAAGUAACGUGGUAUUUUCACUCUGCUCGUCAUCUUACACUUACUUGAACAUGAGUUCGAUGUGUGUGUGUGUGCAUUUUGGAGGGUUUAUUUUGUUUUUUCAUACCCCUGUUCCUCUGUCGAUUGCAGUUAACCCGAAAUGAGUUGUCGUUCAGUGGAAGCUCUUCCCUUUGCUCUUUUUCUUGCACUGGCUCCACCCAGACGCCUUGUUUUUUGCUGUAUAGACCACAACGGCCGACACAAUGAUCUGUCAGAGCAACAAAAUGAUUUAUCAUAGUUUAAUAAAAAUCUAUGAUGGCACUAUAUAAA